GUGCUGGCAGCUGGUUACAGAUCAUCUCUCGUUUUUUCAUCUACUUGUCUUCUCACAAGAGCCUGUGUUAAUGAUAGACCGUCUUCCGGACAGCGUAAUAGUGCAGAUACUGCAGUAUCUCCGAUCGUGGGACUAUGCGCAGGACGACUUGAGGACGCUUUCGCAGGUGAGUCGGCGGCUCCGGCCGCUGGCGCUGGCGCGCGUGUGGGAGUACUUUGCAAUCACCGACAUCGUAAUAUCGGGACGGUUUUCGCAGUUUCAAGCGAUCCAGCCGUACCUUUCACGCCUACUGAUCGCCGACGACAGCGAAAUCACCGACCUGCAAUGGCUAACGGCAGUGGACAAGCUCUCGCAGAUGUCGUGGUCGCAUAUCAAAAUGUUCUCGGUCGAGUUCACCGGCUUGCACCGGGAGAGCCUCGAAUGCACGGAGCGGAUCCUAGAUUUCCUGCAUGGGCAGCUAUGGGCGGCAACGGAGAUCUGGGUGGGGCUGGCCGACGACCACGCGCUGAUGCAGCGGUUUUUCGCGCAGCCGUAUGUCCAUGUCAAUGAGCUGCGGAUCAUCGGCAAGCUGGGGGACGGCGUGCCAGUGCAGACGGGGAUGCCGCAGAUUGCCUUGCCGCAGUACGGGGCGCUGAGCGUCGUGUAUUUGGAUGGGCCAGCAGCACAGAUCACGUCAGUGGCAGAACUCGUGCGGCGAUCGAGCCAGACGUUGACGGACCUGAAUAUCGGCGAGUACUCAGUGGGGCUGGCCGACACGCUGGGCAUACGGCCGCCGUACGCCGUGGAGUACCCGCAGUUGACGCGGCUGGCAAUUUCAAACAGCGACGACAAGUCAGCCGAUCUGAUUGAUGGGCAUGCGUUCCCAAGGCUCCAGUCGCUGUACUUUAGCGAGUCCGUGUACCCGUCGAAUAGCGGACACAACACGGUGUCUGAAUUUGCGGGUGCGCGGCUAACAUCUGGGACAUGGGGCAGCCUGCAGUAUCUGGCAGUGGACGGGCUGUCACAGGGCGAUGUGGCGGGGCUGGGACAGAGGAUACCUGGGCUACUAGCACUCAGUGUGGGUGCGCUCGGCAGUGACGUGGGUCUGGCUGACAGCGACGUGCCGGCGCCGCCGCUGGACCUGCAUGCCACCGGGCAAAUCAUUUCCACGUGUGCGAAUUUGCGCGACCUGCGCAUCGAGGUGCCAGAGGCCUACGAGGACAUGUACAAUAACAACCACGACGCCGGGUUUCCGGCAGCACCGCGACCAUUUGCACCCUCAGUGCAGAUCAUCAAUGAGCCGCAAUAUGAGCUGCUGCACCUGGCGCUGAACACAUACGCGCUGACGUUCGACCAGCUGACGCAGUUGCUGGCGUGUCUACCGAACCUGGCGUCGUUCGAGGGCAACAAGCCGCACAGGCUGGCGCAGCUGAGCAUUGCACACAGCACGCUGCCGAAAUACAAGCACACGUUUAAGAGCAACCUGCUCAAAUUCCUGGCGCAGUUUGCAGAGUUGCGCACGCUGGAGGUGUAUGGCGAGCUGGAGAUUGCGGGGCUGGAGAUGGCAUUGCAGCAUGUGCUGCCCAAGUGCCAGGUUGGCGUGUUCCCGCUGAUUCCGAGCUGGCUGCUGGAUUAUAUGGAAGAGUCGGACGAAGGCGGUGGUGUGUGCCGCCGGCUGUUUGGCCGCCGGCUCUACUCUGGCGCAGCAGACCCGCUGAUUGCCAAAAUCGACCCGUCGCGAGUCAGCUCGGCAGCGACCGGCAACUGGCUGCUGUUCACCUCGGGCCUCCUGGUGCGCACCCGUGAUGCGACCCUGGUGGCCCCCUCAGUGCUGACCUUCCGCAUACCGCGCUCCGAAGAGCAGUGGACGAAAAAGUACCUGGAAUACGCACAGACCGGAAACUUCCGCACGCAGCACGCGCAGAUAUCCAUGGACGAGUUUAAGCAAAAGUACUGGGCAGUCAUGAUCUCCCGCAGCCUGACAAUGUGCCUGGCCGCUGGGUAUUUUGUGCCCCUGGUGUUUCUGCUGCGUGGCCGCCAUGUUGCGCGCAAGGAGUAUGGACGGAUCGCAGCUAAUGGCACGCUGGUCCUUGGGUAUGCUGCGGCUAGCGCCCAACUGGGGCAGGUGACGCUUGGGUAUUUUCUGUUCUCCGACAUGCUAAUCUACGGGCUAGGUGUCUUGCGCACCCGCCGUCUGCUCUCCGGCCAGCUCCUGCGCUCAUCGCAUUUCCGCCAGGUCUUCGAGCGGCCAGAGCACGGCAUCGUGUGCGCUGGCAUGGCUGGCGUCUUCAUGGCCAGCACCAAUGCUGGCCAGUUCUACCCGGACUGGCCGCUGACCGGCCAAAACGCCCUGUCCUGGGACGACCUCAUUGCGUCUGGUCUGCGGGUGUGGGAGAACCCGGCUGCAGGCACCGGCGUGUUGGCGGUGGCGACGUGGAUAAAGUUCAUGCGCCUCAGGCAGGUGCUGCCUGGGUCGGCGAUGGUGUUUGUCCAUGCCAUGCUUGGUAUGACUGUGGCGCAGAUUGCUCUGGGUGUUACGGCGCUGUGGACCACCGUCCAUCCGCAUGUGUCGCUAGUGCACGAGACCAACUCGUACUUGCUGCUGGCUGCCACCAUCCUAGUGAUGAACAGCACCAAGCGCCUGCCGCCGAACCAGCACCUCAGUAAACUGAUCAAGUCUCUCAGUCUGCCGAAAUGA